CAAGUGGGGGAACAUCAACAUCUCCAUCACCCUGAAGAACAUGAAAUACCAAAUCUUGCUAUUGUCUGUAGAGAGGAGGAGAAAAAGGACUUGCAGGAGACUCACUACAUUGAGGCUAUCACAAUGGAGACUGAUGUAGUAGAAGAGCUUGGUGAGACCAACCAUGGAAAACAACAAGUAAAUGAAGUGCCAUUGCUCAGGGCUAAACCAGGGUCAUCAUGGAAAAGAAGAGCAUCUGCUGAUGGCAGGUUGCUGAGGGUGGAAGAAGUGCAGAUGGAGGUUGUUAAUACUGUUGGCAGAGGAUUGUUAGUAAUGUGGGACUCUGAGGUAGAAGUGAAGGUGGUUGUGGGGAAUGAGUUCUGUAUUCAAAUGGAACUAAGAGGGAAAGGCAUGGUUGAAUGGUGCUGGAUGAUCUUUGUCUACAUGAGUACAGAUAAGAAUACCAGAUCUAGGCAGUGGGAAUACCUUGAAUCUUGUAAGAGUCAGUGGGGACCUUGUUGGGUGAUUGCUGGAGAUUGGAAUGAUAUCUCUAGUAACCAUGAGAAGAGAGGUGGAAUCCCUAGAAGUGCUGCAAGCUUUAUACCAUUCAAUCAAUUCAUUUUUAGGAUGAAGAUGUGUGAGGUGGAUCAAAAAGGCUCUUUCUUUACAUGGGGUAAUAAUAGGUCCAGUGGGGACUAUAUUGAGGAAAGGUUGGACAAAGUUUUUGUCUCUUCGAGUGGAUGGCCAGAUUUCCAAAUAUGGAGGACUGCAUCUGACCACAAUGUCAUUUUGUUUGACACUGAGAAAGAUGCAUUCAAGCACCACAGAAGGUUUCAGUUCAAUAGUCACUGGCUUAAACUGGAGGGGAUUCAAGAAGCUGUGGAAGCAGGUUGGCAGGGAAUAGUGGAGGGUACUGCUAUGUACCAGGUGCAUCAAAAAUUGAAGAAUACCAGAAUGGCUUUGCUAGCAUGGCACAAACCAAUACAUAGAAACAGUGCUACUACGAUUAAAGAGCUAACCACUAAAAUGGAGGAUAUGAGAAUGGAGGUGGGAUCCAAUCCUGAUAAGAGCCAUUUUUUCCGAGGAUGCUUCCUUGAUUAUGCAGAUAAAAUCUCUGAAUCCUCGAAAGGCAGACCAGUGGAACUGUUCAUUUCUGGGGAAAGGAAAAUUUUCUGUGAAAAAAGCUUAUAG